AUGAGGGCUUUUCUCAUCCUUGUCACCUUGACCUGCCUGGCUGACGCCCAGCAUCAAGCCCUGAUGGACUACCUGGAGCGGCGUCUGCUAGCCAUCGAGGUAAGAGACUGUUCUUCUGCUCCCAGUCAGACCCUGGCCUCCAGAAUAAGUCUGAAAGGAAACUCUCUGGGGAUCUGGGGAACCUUCAAUGGAAUGCAGAUGUGGGGAUUCUGAGGGGAAAAUAUUGACUGACUGUUACUGCUGCUGCACCCAGAAAGUCUAAAUGUAAUGCUUUUUAAUACAUUUGUUUCCACUCAAAUAGAAGCAUAGGGGAAUAGAAGUUUGAAGAUCUUAUAUGCAGGAAACUUCUGUAGUGUUCUGAUUAAUAUUUGAAAAAGUAUGUAUUAGCCUUAUACCUGGAGUUAUUGGAAAGUUUUUCUCUGCAAAAGACUGACCAGUUGGCUCACUUCAAGGUGUUGUUGUGCAAUAAAACAGCUCCACACUGCUAUGAGUACCCAUAUCAUAUUCUCCCUCUUGCUUUCUCAUAUUCUUAUUCAUAUGGAAAGUAGUUGGCUUCUCUCUCUCUAUGUGUUCUGACUCUGCAUAAAUAAUACCUCCCAAACAAGUUACUUCCAGCCAGUGAGUCAUUCUGAGAAAGAGCAUCCAAUACCUGCCAAUUCAGGUUUAUGAGACUCCUUUUUUUUAUACAUUCAUUUUUAUUCAAGAGCACAUAAAGAACAUGUACAAUACAUACUCAACAUAUCUUUGCAGUCUUUACAAAGGAGCGUAAUGAGAUUCACAUGUUAAGGGUACAUUUUGGCUGUAUAGAGCAAACAUUUCAAGAGUCUGAAUAAGAAUACAAUUUGGAUAAAGCCACAUCAGAAAAAUAACAAACAAGCAAACACCCCAGAAAUUACAGAAUAAGAUAUGUCAGGAACUUGUUGCAAGAUUGAUUUAAUUCUCUCCAUGUCAGCAAGUUCCCUGCAUAGACCUAACCACGUCUUUUGAGGAUGUUGCAUUUUGUUACACAUUUCCUUGCUGCUGCUAAAAGAUAAUCUAUCAAUUUAAGUGGAGAGGAGUGGAGUGUAUCCACAGGAACAAUACCUAUGUAGCGGGUGAUUUGGACGGAGUCAGGUGCAGGAGGUGUAAAUCACAGAAUAAUGGUUUAUUCGGCCAAAACAGUGGUUCGCAGCAAUGCGUAAAACAACUACAGUGCGACUUAACGGCGCACUGAGGAAAAGAAAACACACAGGUGAAUAUCCCGGCGAUAAAGUAUAUAAUGCUCCACCGAGCUAUCGACACCUCCACAUGGAAUCAAUCACACACAAAGACAUGGGGGACAGAGGGAAUACUUAUACAGGGACUGAUGAGGGGAUAUGAACCAGGUGUGUGUGAAAAACACAGGACAAAUCAAAUGGAAUGAUGAUAAGAGGAGCGGCAGUGGCUAGAAGGCCGGUGACGACGAACGCCGAAGCCUGCUCGAACAAGGAGAGGAGGCAGCUUCGGAGGAAGUCGUGACAGUACCCCCCCCCCCCCUGCCUUGAUGCGCAGCUCCAGCAGCGCGCCGACACCGGCCGCGGGAACGGCCAGGAGGACACGGAGUAGGGCGAUCUGACGGUGAAAAUCCCGCAACAGGGAGGGAUCGAGGAUAUCCUUCACUGGGACCUAGCACCGCUCCUCCGGACCGUACCCCUCCCACUCCACGAGGUACUGAAGGCCCCCCACCCGACGCCUCGAAUCCAGGAUGGAACGGACAGAGUACGGGGGGGCGGAGGGACUUCCCGCACCUCAGACUCCUGGAGCAGACCAGCCACCACCGGCCUGAGGAGAGAUACAUGAAACUAGGGGUUAAUACGUAAUCAGGAGGGAGCAGCAACCUAUACGUAACCUUGUUUACUCUCCUCAGGACUUUGAACGGCCCCACAAACCACGGGCUCAGCUUCCGGCAGGGCAGGCGGAGGGGCAGGUUCCGGGUCGAGAGCCAGACCCGAUCACCCGGUACGAAGACCGGGGCCUCACUGCGGUGGCAGUCAGUGUUGGCUUUCUGGCGAUGCGCGGCACGCUGGAGGUGAACGUGGGCGGCGUUCCACGUCUCCUCCGCGUGCCGAAACCAGUCGUCCACUGCAGGAGCUUUGGUCUGGCUCUGAUGCCACGGUGCCAGGACCGGCUGAUACCCUAAAACACAUUGAAAUGGUGACAGGUUAGUGGAGGAGUGGCGGAGAGAGUUCUGGGCAUAUUCGGCCCAUGGCAAGAACACCGACCACUCCCCCUGCCAGGCCUGGCAGUAGGACCGCAGGAACCUACCCACAUCCUGAUUCACCCGUUCCACCUGUCCAUUAGAUUCGGGGUGAAACCCAGAGCUCAGGCUGAUCGAGAUCCCCAGAAGUUCCAUGAACGCCUUCCAGACCCUGGAUGUAAACUGGGGACCCCGGUCAGACACUAUGUCCUCUGGCACCCCGUAGUGCCGUAAGACGUGAGUAAACAGGGCUUCAGCAGUUUGCAGGGCCGUGGGGAGACCGGGCAGAGGAAGGAGGCGGCAGGCUUUAGAGAAGGAUAGGACAGCGCCUACCCCUACCUCGGACGUGUCCACCUCCACUACGAAUGGUAAUGAUGGAUCUGGAUGAGCCAGUACCGUGCCUGAGGUGAACAGAGCCCUCAGGUUACUGAAAGCCCUGUCAGCCUCAGCAGACCAGCGGAGCCAGGAUGGCCCACCCUUCAACAGAGAGGUGAUGGGGGCUGUGACCUUGCCAAAGCCCCGGAUAAACCUCUGAUAGUAAUUGGUAAAGCCAAUGAAGCACUGCAGCUCCUUUACCGUGGUUGGAGUCGGCCAAUUACGCAUGGCUGAAAUGCGGUCUCCCUCCAUUUCCACACCUGAGGUGGUGAUGUGGUAUCUGAGGAAGGAGAUGGAUUGUUGGAAGAACACACAUUUUUCAGCCUUGGCAUACAGGUCAUGCUCCAACAGUCGGCCAAGCACUCUGCGAACCAGGGACACAUGCUCGGUGCGCGUAGCGGAAUACACCAGGAUGUCAUCGAUGUAGACCACCACACCGCGACCAAGCAUGUCCCGAAACUUGAGGAGGCGGGUGAAGUGGAGGGACGUAUGAACCCUUGACUCAGGGACUCGGAGACGUAUGUCUCCAUAGCCUCCAUUUCAGCCUGCGACAGGGGAUAUACAUGACUCCUGGGAGGUACAGCGUCUAACCUGAGGUUUAUCACGCAAUCCCCCGCCCAAUGGGGUGGUAAUUUGGUCGCCUGCGUUUUGGAAAAUGCGUGCGCCAAAUCGAGGUAUUCGGGGGGAAUGCGCACGGUGGAGGUAGUGUCUGGACUUUCCACCGUGGUUGCACCAACGGAAACAGCUAGACACCUACCCUGACACUCUCGCGACCACCCUGUGAGAAACCUCUGCAGCCAUGAAAAGGUGGGAUCGUGUAGUGAAGCCAGGGAAGGCCCAACACAACAGGGAAAUCAGGGGACUCAAUAAUAUGAAAGGUGAUUUGCUCACUAUGAGUCUCCUACGUAAUCAUAGUGACUGGUGCUGUAACGUCCCUAACAAAACCUGACCCUAAUAGUCGACUGUCAAGUGCUUUGAUGGGCAAUGGAAUGGACAGGGGAACCAAUGUAAUAUGUAGACUAUGAGCUAAAGACCUGUCCAUAAACUCCCGAGUGGCGCAGUGGUCUAAGGCACUGCGUCGCAGUGCUAGCUGUGCCACUAGAGAUCCUGGUUCGAAUCCAGGCUCUGUCGUAGCUGGCCUUGACCGGGAGACCCAUGGGGCGGCGCACAUCCCACCAGGGUUGUGGGUUCGAUUCCCACGGGGGGCCAGUAUGAAAAAAAAAAUAUAUAUAUAUGCACUCACUAACUGUAAGUCGCUCUGGAUAAGAGCGUCUGCUAAAUGACGUAAAUGUAAAUAAAGUUCCCAGCUGCGCCUGAAUCUACCAACACCUUACACUGGGGAACUACCGUGUAAUCAAGGAAGUUGAUGUGGAUGGUGAAAUGCGCAGCAGAGGGCUUUGAACGAGGGUGGGUUUAUGCUACCUGGGGUGACGUGAGAGUGCCCUGCCUGCCGCCUCCAGAACCAGAAGAACACUGACGACAUCGUGCAGCAGAAUGUCCUCUCUUGCCACAAGAGUGACACUGGAUCUGUCGUCCUCCAUUCUCCCGGAACGCUGCUUCACCCAGCUCCAUCGGAACGUGAUCCGGGUUGAAGGGGGGUGAAACGGGCAGACCCCUUCCAGGACGUCUUCUCGAAGCCAGCAGGUUGUCCAACUGGAUGGCCAUGUCAACCAGUUUGUUGAAGGUCAACGUGGUAUCCCGUCAGGCUAGUUCCCUUCGGACGUCCUCACGCAGUCUGCAUCGGAAGUGGUCGAUUAGGGCCCACUCGUUCCACCCGGACCCAGCGGCUAGAGUUCUAAACUCCAGGGCAAAGUCUUGCGCGGUCCUCGUCCCCUGCCUCAGAUGGACCAGACGCUCGCCCGCCUCUCUACCUUCGGGGGGCAGAUUGAAGACUGCCCGGAAGAGGCGAGCGAACUCUCUGUAGUUGUCCAACAAGUCUCCUCCUUCACUCCAGAGCUUUCCCCGAGAGGCAGGAGACGAGGGCGGACACCUUCUCCCGAUCCGAUGGAGCAGGGCUGGUGGUGGUGAAAUAGAGGUCCAGUUGCAGGAGGAAACCCUGGCAGCGGGCUGCUGUCCCGUCGUAUUCCCUCGGUCGAGAAUACCUCUGGGUGCUGGUGUGUGGAUGGCUGGAUCCGGUCACUCAGCUGGUUCCGCAUGGUCGGGUCCUCUCCUCUCCAGGCGCUGGAUAGUCUGGAGAACCUGAUCCAUCGCUUUGCCCAAGCUGGCUAACAUGUUGGAAUGCUCCCGGAUCCGCUCUACGACUCCAGGCAUAUUCCCCGCUCCUGCUGACUCCAUGCUGUUGGGUGUGUGAUUCUGUAGCGGGUGAUUUGGACGUAGUCAGGCGCGGGAGGUGUAAAUCACAGAAUAAUGGUUUAUUAGGCCAAUACAGCGUUUCGCAGCAAUGCGUAAAACAACAACAGUGCGACUUAACGGCACACUAGGGAAAACAAAACCCACGGGUGAAUAUCCCGGCGAUAAAGUACAUAAUGCUCCACCGAGCUAUCGACACCUCCACAUGGAAACAAUCACACACAAAGACAUGGGGGUCAGAGGGAAUACAGUGAGGGAAAAAGUAUUUGAUCCCCUGCUGAUUUUGUACGUUUGCCCACUGACAAAAACAUGAUCAGUCUAUAAUUUGAAUGGAGGUUUUUUUGAACAGUGAGAGACAGAAUAACAACAACAAAAUCCAGAAAAACGCAUGUCAAAUAUGUUAUAAAUUGAUUUGCAUUUUAAUGAGGGAAAUAAGUAUUUGACUCCUCUGCAAAACAUGACUUAGUACUUGGUGGCAAAACCCUUGUUGGCAAUCACAGAGGUCAGACGUUUCUUGUAGUUGGCCACCAGGUUUGCACACAUCUCAGGAGGGAUUUUGUUCCACUCCUCUUUGCAGAUCUUCUCCAAGUCAUUAAGGUUUUGAGGCUGACGUUUGGCAACUCGAACCUUCAGCUCCCUCCACAGAUUUUCUAUGGGAUUAAGGUCUGGAGACUGGCUAGGCCACUCCAGGACCUUAAUGUGCUUCUUCUUGAGCCACUCCUUUGUUGCCUUGGCCGUGUGUUUUGGGUCAUUGUCAUGCUGGAAUACCCAUCCAUGACCCAUUUUCAAUGCCCUGGCUGAGGGAAGGAGGUUCCCAGCCAAGAUUUGACGGUACAUGGCCCCGUCCAUCGUCCCUUUGAUGCGGUGAAGUUGUCCUGUCCCCUUAGCAGAAAAACACCCCCAAACCAUAAUGUUUCCACCUCCAUGUUUGAUGGUGGGGAUGGUGUUCUUGGGGUCAUAGGCAGUAUUCCUCCUCCUCCAAACACGGCGAGUUGAGUUGAUGCCAAAGAGCUCGAUUUUGGUCUCAUCUGACCACAACACUUUCACCCAGUUCUCCUCUGAAUCAUUCAGAUUGAGAUUCAGAUUCAGAUUCAUUGGCAAACUUCAGACGACCCUGUAUAUGUGCUUUCUUGAGCAGGGGGACCUUGCGGGCGCUGCAGGAUUUCAGUCCUUCACGGCGUAGUGUGUUACCAAUUGUUUUCUUGGUGACUAUGGUCCCAGCUGCCUUGAGAUCAUUUACAAGAUCCUCCUGUGUAGUUAUGGGCUGAUUCCUCACUGUUCUCAUGAUCAUUGUAACUCCACGAGGUGAGAUCUUGCAUGGAGCCCCAGGCCGAGGGAGAUUGACAGUUCUUUUGUGUUUCUUCCUUUUGCGAAUAAUCGCACCAACUCUUGUCACCUUCUCACCAAGCUGCUUGGCGAUGGUCUUGUAGCCCAUUCCAGCCUUGUGUAGGUCUACAAUCUUGUCCUUGACAUCCUUGGAGAGCUCUUUGGUCUUGGCCAUGGUGGAGAGUUUGGAAUCUGAUUGAUUGAUUGCUUCUGUGGACAGGUGUCUUUUAUACAGGUAACAAAAUGAGAUUAGGAGCACUCCCUUUAAGAGUGUGCUCCUAAUCUCAGCUCGUUACCUGUAUAAAAGACACCUGGGAGCCAGAAAUCUUUCUGAUUGAGAGGGGUUCAAAUACUUAUUUCCCUCAUUAAAUGCAAAUCAAUUUAUAACAUUUUUGACAUGCGUUUUUCUCGAUUUUUUUGUUGUUAUUCCGUCUCUCACUGUUCAAAUAAACCUACCAUUAAAAUUAUAGACUGAUCAUUUCUUUGUCAGUGGGCAAACGUACAAAAUCAGCAGGGGAUCAAAUACUUUUUUCCCUCACUGUACUUAUACAGGGACUGAUGAGGGGAUAUGAACCAGGUGUGUGUAAAAAACAAGACAAAAUAAAUGGAAUGAUGAGAAGAGGAGCGGCAGUGGCUAGAAGGCCGGUGACUAUGAACGCCAAAGCCUGCCCGAACAAGGAGAGGAGGCAGCUUCGGAGGAAGUCGGGACAACCUAGUAGGAGAUGACAUGGGUCUGGUUGAAUAAUAAUCUCUAUGAUGUCCUGUAUAACGUGGAGAAUUUCAGACCAAAAAGACUGGAUUUUCCAAAAUAUAUGUGAUGAAGUACCUAUUUGUCCACACUGUCUCCAACACGUAGCAGAUAUUCCUUUGUUCAAUUUAUUACGUUUAUCAGGGAUCAUAAAAAAACGAUGUAGUACUUUGAAUUGAAACUCCCUUGUUCGGUUACAUGUAGUUGCUUUAUAUAGUGUUUUCCAUAUAUUGCCCCUACUCUCCUCUGAUAUCUGCACCUGUAAUUCCCCCUGCCAUGAGUUCCUUAGAUGAUCUAAAGAUACUCUUUGCAUGUUAAGGAUAUUGUGAUAAAAGUUUGAAAUGGUCCCAAUGUUUUCCCCUUGAUAAAGUAAUUCAAUCAUCUCGUCAAUAGGAGUAACCGGCUCAGUAAUUUUUUGUAACAAUACUUUUUUUACACAAUGAAUGUCUUACUUGAAGGUACCUAUAACAAUUUGUUUGGGAUAUAAUGAAUUCCUCCUGGAUUUCUUGAAAUUAUCGAAGAAUUGAGCCUUUGAAAAGUUGAGAGACUCUACAAAGCCCUCUUUCUUCCCAUUCCCUAAAUCAUUGGAACAUAGUAGCAGGAAGGAAGGCUGGGUUGUGAAAUAUACACUCUUAGAAAAAAAGGCGCUAUCUAGAACCUAACAUUUUUCUUCGGCUGUCCCCACAGGAUAACCCUUUGAAGAACCAUUUUUGGUUCCAUGUAGAACCCUUUUGGUUCCAGGUGGAACCCUUUUGGGUUACAUAAAUAACCCUUUGCACAGAGGGUUCUACUUGGAACCCAAAAGGGUUCUACCUGAAACCAAAAAGGGUUCUACCUGGAACCAAAAAGGGUUCUCCUAUGGGGACAGCCGAAGAACCCUUUUGGAACCUUUUUUUCUAAGAGUGUAGGCGAGUGUCUAGAAACGUCAUUAAUCAGGGAAAACCACAUUGAGACCUAGGUCUCAUUUGCAAAUGUGCCCUGUGAACAAUACAGAAAGAAAAUUAUACACAAUUUAAAACACAACAUUUAAUAAAUAGCAAAUAUUACAGUUGAAGUCGGAAGUUUACAUACACCUUAGCCAAAUACAUUUUAACUCAGUUUUUCACAAUUCCUGACAUUUAAUCCUAGUAAAAAUUCCCUGUCUUAGGUCAGUUAGAUCACCAUUUUCUUUUAAGAAUGUGAAAUGUCAGAAUAAUAGUAGAGAGAAUGAUUUAUUUCAGCUUUUAUUUAUUUCAUCACAUUCUCAGUGGGUCAGAAGUUUACAUACACUCAAUUAGUAUUUGGUAGCAUUGCCUUUAAAUUGUUUAACUUAUGUCAAACGUUUCGGGUAGCCUUCCACAAGCUUCCCACAAUAAGUUGGGUGAAUCUUGGCCCAUUCCUCCUGACAGAGCUGGUGUAACUGAGUCAGGUUUGUAGGCCUCCUUGCUCGCACACGCUUUUUCAGUUCUGCCCACACAUUUUCUAUAGGAUUGAGGUCAGGGCUUUGUGAUGGCCACUCCAAUACCUUGACUUUGUUGUCCUUAAGCCAUUUUGCCACAACUUUGGAAGUAUGCUUGGGGUCAUUGUCCAUUUGGAAGACCCAUUUGCGACCAAGCUCUAACUUCCUGACUGAUGUCUUGAGAUUUUGCUUCAAUAUAUACACAUAAUUUUCCUUCCUCAUGAUGCCAUCUAUUUUGUGAAGUGCACCAGUCCCUCCUGCAGCAAAGCACCCCCACAGCAUGAUGCUGCCACCCCCGUGCUUCACGGUUGGGAUGGUGUUCUUCGGCUUGCAAGCUACCCCCUUUUCCUCCAAACAUAACAAUGGUCAUUAUGGCCAAACAGUUCUAUUUUUGUUUCAUCAGACCAGAGGACAUUUCUCCAAAAAGUACGAUCUUUGUCCCCAUGUGCAGUUGGAAACCAUAGUCUGGCUUUUUUAUGAUGGUUUUGGAGCAGUGGCUUAUUCCUUGCUGAGCGGCCUUUCAGGUUAUGUCGAUAUAGGACUCGUUUUACUGUGGAUAUAGAUACCUUUGUACCUGUUUCCUCCAGCGUCUUCACAAGGUCCUUUGCUGUUGUUCUGCGAUUGAUUUGCACUUUUCGCACCAAAGUAUGUUCAUCUCUAGGAGACAGAACGCGUCUCCUUCCUGAGCGGUAUGACGGCUGCGUGGUCCCAUGGUGUUCAUACUUGCGUACUAUUGUUUGUACAGGCAUUUGGAAAUUGCUCCCAAGGAUGAACCAGACUUGUGGAGGUCUACCAUUUUUUUCUGAGGUCUUGGCUGAUUUCUUUAGAUUUUCCCAUGAUGUCAAGCAAAGAGGCACUGAGUUUGAAGGUAGGCCUUGAAAUACAUCCACAGGUACACCUCCAAUUGACUCAAAUUAUGUCAAUUAGCCUAUCAGAAGCUUCUAAAGCCAUGACAUCAUUUUCUGGAAUUUUCCAAGCUGUUUAAAGGCACAGUCAACUUAGUGUAUGUAAACUUCUGACCCACUGGAAUUGUGAUACAGUGAAUUAUAAGUGAAAUAAUCUGUCUGUAAACAAUUGUUGGAAAAAUUACUUAUGUCAUGCACAAAGUCGAUGUCCUAACCGACUUGCCAAAACUAUAGUUUGUUAACAAGAAAUUUGUGGAGUGGUUGAAAAACAAGUUUGAAUGACUCCAACCUAAGUGUAUGUAAACUUCCAACUUCAACUGUAUAUAUACACAAUAAACAAAACAAACAAAAUUGGCGUUGGAUCUCCCUUAGUGAGACUCCUUAAUCAGUCCUGCAUCUGUCUGCUUGAAAUAAUUUAUCAGGUGAUAAUUCAGUCUACUUCAAACCUGUCACAUAGUGUGUUAUAUCCACCGGUCAUCCCUCUCUGUGGCGUUGGUAGCUGUCUUUUCCUAGUUCCUAGCCUCACCAGUGGCUCUUGAAUACAACUCUAAUCCUGACCUUUCUGCAGUCUCAAUCCCUCCUAGCUGAGAUUACCCCCUGACUGCUGAUACAUCCCUUGCAAUUACUGGAGUGCACACUGAGUCAAAUCUAGUCAAGUCACUCAGAAAAGCUGAUCCUAAACCUGCACUUAAUGUGUCUGUCUUCCUUUAAUGCGAUGGCCAAAGGUUCCAGGCUUAGAAGGAACAGUAAGGGAGAGAGGAGACAUCCCUGUGUAGCCUGAAGCCACACUGGUGAUGACUGUGGCAGUGGCCCCAGAGAACAGGGUUUUAAUUCAUCAUGUGAAAUAGAGACAGAACCCAUAUGCCUCCAGGACUACUUCUACACUACCUGCUCUAACUGUCUUCUUCUCACCUCUCACCUCUCCCACCAGGACCGUAUCUCGGUAUGGCACGAGCAGACGAACCGCUAUGCCACAGAGCUGCGGGAGUUCAAGCAGCAGAUGGUUGCCCAGAUUGAGACCCUUGACAAGGACAAGGAGACGCUGAGGACGGACCUAGACAGCGUGGGGACGCGUGUGGACCGCGUGGAGCGUGAGAUGGACUACCUGGAGACACAGAACGGGGCGCAGCCCUGCGUGGACGUGGACGACAAGCUGGUGGAGCAGCAGGUGACUGUGGUGAAGGAGAAGAACAAGGCCAAGUAUGCCAAGGCCACAGGUGAGACGUGGCAGACAUGUUGGCAGACGUGGUGACAUACUGGGGGGGAUAAAGGCACAAGUAGCACACGUGGUGGUUACUUCCUGAGAGGACCAUAGUAAAAGCCUACUGAGAAGAGGAAAAAACUGAACAGUGGUUACAUAGCCCUUCUGUGACAUGUACUGUAGACAUGAUGACAUAUUGGGAGGACAGACACACAUGAUUACUUACUAAGAUGAUCAUAGCAUAGGCCAACGGAGAGGACAAAUCCAUGAAGUAAACUCAGCCGUAGGGGUAAUAUGAGGCCUUGGUUCCUUAACAGGUCUUCUACAUGAUGGGCGGAGAGAGGGCCACAGGCAUGAGAUGUUAAGAAAAUGUGUAUACAGGGCCAGGUGUCUCAGUCAUUGUACGGUUAUGUAAGUAGGUUAGACAAUCUAUCUCCCCUCAUAGCAUUAUUCUUCUCUCAGAGGCCAUUAUUAAAGAGUUUAAGUGGAUUUCAUUCAAUGUUGUGCUUAACACUUUUUGUUCUGCUCUAACACAGUAUGGUUAGGGUUAAUUGCAUAGCGAAAGCAAUCUGAAUGCAGUAAAUUCAGGAAACAGUUUGCUUACAGUUGAUUGUUGAGGUUUAAGAAGAUGUGAGAUUAUGCUGAUGAAGUACGUAGAUGAAGGACUAACUGAAAAUGCAAUGCUUAUUAAAAUAUCAUACUCUAAAUUAUGCACCACUUUAAUUGUAAUAUGCUCUUAGUUGCACUCCAGCCCGAUGAAUAGCCAGUGACUCAUCAAGUUUAAUUGCCUGUGAUCCUUAUACAUGUUGCCACAGACAGCUGAGCGCUGUUGCCUACUUGGGGUGCAUGUUCUUCUGACUAAAAUCUGAACAUCUGAAAUACACUUCAGAUCAUGUAAAAGCUAAAACGUCACAAAAAAUAAACUAUAAAAAUGGAUCUAUCCUUUAAACGUUCCCUAGUCCCUCAGUAUCACUUUUGGUUGAGCUUUAUCAAUAUGGUAUGGUGUAGUAUGUUUUAUGACAUUGGUAUUACAGGUUUCACAGUUGUAAGGAGAGUAACAAUUUGUACAUUGUAAUUACACUGAACCUGCUGUGUAAUGUUGACUACCAUGUAAAAAACAUGGUUUUAGCCCAAACAUGAAUCUAUCAUCUCCUCUCCCAGACUGCAGGGACAUGAUCUCUAGCAUCAAAGCCAUGAAGAUUUUGAAGCGAGUCGGAGGCCCAAAGGGCAUGUGGACCAAAGACGUGGGCAGCAGCUCGGGCAAAGUCUACGUCUUCAACGGCACAGACGAGGACACCAUCUAUGAGUUUGGCUCCGUCCGGGACUUCACCAUCUCCCAGGGCACCUCCAUGGCCAAGACUGUGAAGCUGCCGUCCCCUUGGCGAGGCAGUGGCCACACUGUCUACAACAACCACGCCUACUAUGUGAAGGAAGGCAAGGAGCUUCGGCUGAUGAAGUACAACCUGCGGAACGGCUCGGUGGCGGACAGCGCUGUGUUCCCCGUCCAGGACCACGUCCCCGUGUACAGCCUGACUCCGGAGACGGUCAUUGACCUGGCCGCAGAUGAGGAGGGCCUCUGGGCCAUCUACGCCACCAAGGAGACUGAGAGGCACAUCUCUCUGGCCAAGAUGGAUGCCAACACGUUGGACAUCGAGCAGAUGUGGGACACGCCGUGCCCGCGGGAGAAUGCAGAGGCUGCCUUCAUCAUCUGCGGCACGGUGUACGUGGUCUACAACACCGCACUGCCCAGCCGCUCACGCGUCCAGUGCGUCUUUGACGUCAGUGAUAUGGUAACCAAUGACGAUGCACCGCUAGUGUACUUUCCCAAGCGCUACGGCUCUCACUCCAGCCUCAAGUACAACCCGCUGGAGCAGCUGAUCUACGCCUGGGACGACGGCUACCAGAUCCUCUACAAACUGGCCAUGAAGAAGAAACUGGAGGUAUGAGCUCAGCAGUGCCGUCUAGUGUUGAGGUGGGUUUGAGAUUUCGCUCAUCUAUACCGAGUAAAAGGCCAGAAAUGUCUGUGUAGACGAAAAUAAAACAUAUUUUCAGACUGUCAUAUUCAGUGGAAUGUUUUAAUAUUAUAUCUUGCCUGGAGCAAAGAUCAAUAACAGAUAUGACCAAAGGUAUGAACAUUACUUACAUGGUUUGUUCAACUUUGGCACAAGGCCUUGCAGCUGCAGUUAUGAUUUUGAACACUGUUCUAAUGGUAAUCAGGUCAUUGUCAUAUUGUAUUUCCAGCAAAACAGUUCAGUGAUAUAAAAGCAUCCAUUUACUGUAGGUAUUGCUUGUUAUUAAAUAUUUGUAUGAUAAUCAAGAAAGAUCUAGGAGGGAGUGGAAUGGAGAAUCUAAAGUAAAUACAAUGCAGCUGUAUGAUAUGUAUGUUUUCUGAAUAUCUCUCAGUUUAGCACUUCUGAAAAACACAUAUUGUUACCUUUUUUCCUGGCUAUGCCUUUCUGUUGAAUAAAAAACAUACUUGCA